ACCGAAUAUUGAAUAAGAUUCAAUUAGAUUUGUUGUUUUUUUAUUCUCCCAUCCUCCAAGCACAAACGCCAGUGCUUUAAUACAAACAUAAUAAAAACCCUAAGCUGAGUGUAACAACAACAAAUCUUGGAACACUCAAUCUGCACCGUCAAUGCUUGAUCCAACGGUCAAUAAGAGAGGAAAGCUCGUACUUAUCACUCUUCACCAUCUUCACACUCGCAGACUCGCCACUGUUUCUGUUUCUCUCCUAACAUGGACCAACACAUUCUUCAUCCUCCACGUUCUUCUACUUCUUAACUAUUAACUCCGAUCCUCAUUUCAAUUUCGACCCAUCAAACCAAUCGCCAUACCCAUCAAUAAAGUUUCAGCUUUUUCUCACUUCAACUUUCAGAACUCGCGUUACUGAUUAUUCCCGAAACCCCAACAAAAAAAUUGAAUCUUUUUUGUUUGUUGGUUAAGAUUCGAAACUGUUCACAGUGGAAUCGCUUUAAACUCGUUCUGUGCUCAAAGUUUCAGUCUUUGUGAGUGUUUGGUUGCGUUGUUGUUUUCGGUUUUGAGUGGGUAGAGUGAAGCUUUUGCGUUUUUAUCUAAUGGUGAGUGAUAGCUACUCGAAGAUGAUGUCUGAUGUGGCGAUUCGAUCGAUGUUGAAGAAGGGUGAUUAUGGCGAGGAUUUGGGGGUUCAGAGAGAGAGAGAACUCGCGAGGUUGCGAAGUGGAUCAGCGCCUCCCACCGUGGAGGGGUCGUUAACGGCGGUUGGAGGGUUGUUUGAGGCUUCUCCGGCGGUGGGUGCCGGGGGGUUUGGCGGUGGAAGGGGUUUUGGGAGUGAGGAGGAGCUUCGGGCUGAUCCGGCUUAUGCGAAUUAUUACUAUUCGAAUGUGAAUCUGAACCCGCGGUUGCCGCCUCCGACGGGGUCGAAGGAGGAUUGGCGGUUUGGCCGGCGGUUGAGGGGUGGUUCUAAGGUGGGUGGAAUUGGAGAUGGUGAUAGCUCUUUGUUUUCUGUGCAGCCUGCUGGGUUUGAUGGGAAGGAGGAGGAGAGUGGUGUUAAGCACAGUAAGGGCGGUGCUGCCGCGGAAUGGGGUGGUGAUGACGGGUUGAUCGGCUUGCCGGCAUUGGGUCUUGGGAGUAGGCAGAGGAGUAUUGCAGAACUGUUUCAGGAUGAGAUAAAUGGUGCAUCAGCUGCCUCUAAGCACCCUCAUAAUUUGCCUGGCAGUAAUGUAUUUGAUGAUAUUGCAGAAAAAUCAGAAACACAUUUUGCUUAUGUGCAUCAAGAAUUGGAUGCCCUGCGGUCUGGCAGAAAUAAGCAGGGCAUAUCUGCUGCCCAGAAUUUUGUUGGUUCAGGGCCUCAAACUUAUGCUUCAGCUUUGGGAACCUCCCUGUCAAGAAGUAGCACCCCUGACUCUCAACUUCUACCUAGGGCUUCUAGUCCUUGCCUUCCACCCAUUGGCGAUGGCAGGUCCAGUUCUGCAGAUAGACGAAGUUCCAAUGGUCAAAACUCACUUAAUUCUGUCUCAUCUAAUUUAAAUGAGCCUACAGAUCUGGCAUCUGCUUUGGCUAGUAUGAAUCUGUCAUCAAAUGAUAAAAUAGACGAUGAGAAACAUUCCCUGUCACCAAGCCACAAUGGAUCAGAUUAUGCUCAUAGUGUUAAACAGCACCCCUACUUAAACAAGCCUGAGACCUUGCCUUUUCAGCGUCAUUCUGCUGCCCAACCCCAUUUGAAAGUGAAUAAAAGCAGUGGUUUUGGAUUGGAUCUGAAUAACUCAUCAGGAUAUGCAAACGAACAGCUUGAACCUCAUAAAGCUGGUGGAAUUUCCGUCAACUCACAUUUAAAAGGACCUUCUACACCAACUUUCACUAACAGGGGUAGUUCACCUGCUCGCUAUCAGAAUGUUGACGAUAUCUCAUACCCUAACUAUGGCAUGACUGGGUAUACUGUUAAUCCAUCAUCACCAUCGAUGAUGGCAAGCCAGCUUGGGAGUGGUAAUUUGCCUCCUUUCUUUGAAAAUGCUGCUGCUGCAUCUGCGCUAGGAUUGAAUGCUAUGGACUCUAGAGCCCUGGGAAGGGGUGCAACCUUAGGACCUUUGUUGGCUGCAUCAGAAUUACAAAAUCCAAGCAGGCUGGGAAAUCAUGCUGCAGGUGGCACUCAUCAGCUGCCCUUGAUGGACCCUUUGUAUCUUCAGUAUUUGAGAUCAGGGGAAGUUGCUGCUGCUGCACAGAUUGCUGCCCUUAAUGAAUCGGCAAUGAAUAGGGAAUGCACAAAUAAUUCAUUCACAGAUUUACUUGGCCUCCAGAAAGCUUAUGUUGAGUCUUUAAUUGCCCCCCAAAAAUCACACUUAACUUCUCCAUACCAUGGUAAAUCAGCUACCUUGAACCAUAAUUCUUAUGGAAAUCCAUCAUAUGGUCUGGGCAUAUCAUAUCCAGGCAGCCCCUUGGCUGGUUCCCUUUUCCCAAACUCUAUCUAUGGACCAGGUAGUCCUAUAAGCCAAAGUGAACGGAAUAUGCAUUUGUCUGGGAUGAGGAAUGGGGUUGGGGGUUUCAUGGGAGCUUGGCAUUCAGAUACUGUUGGUAGCUUGGAUGACAAUUUUGCAUCUACCUUGCUUGACGAAUUCAAAAGUAACAAGACCAAAUGUUUCGAACUUUCAGAAAUUGCUGGCCAUGUUGUUGAGUUCAGUGCUGACCAGUAUGGAAGCCGAUUUAUCCAACAGAAACUUGAGACGGCCUCGAUGGAAGAGAAAAACAUGGUUUUCCAUGAAAUCAUGCCACAAGCACUUUCUCUAAUGACUGAUGUCUUCGGUAAUUAUGUGAUUCAGAAGUUUUUUGAGCAUGGAACAGGAGCCCAAAUAAGAGAAUUGGCUGAUCAGCUUACUGGUCAUGUGCUGACCCUAAGUCUUCAAAUGUAUGGCUGCCGAGUCAUUCAGAAGGCUAUAGAAGUUGUUGAAAUGGAUCAGCAGACUAAAAUGGUUACCGAGUUGGAUGGUCAUAUAAUGCGUUGCGUACGUGAUCAAAAUGGAAACCAUGUCAUCCAGAAGUGUAUUGAAUGUGUACCUGAAGAUGCUAUCCAUUUUAUCAUUUCAACGUUUUAUGACCAAGUUGUGACAUUGUCAACUCAUCCUUAUGGCUGCCGUGUUAUACAGAGAGUCUUGGAGUACUGCCACGAUCCCAAAACGCAGCAGAUUAUGAUGGAUGAGAUUUUGCAGUCUGUCUGUAUGUUAGCACAAGACCAAUAUGGGAAUUAUGUUGUGCAGCAUGUACUGGAGCAUGGCAAGCCAUAUGAACGUUCAGCUAUAAUCAAAGAAUUAACAGGGCAAAUUGUGCAGAUGAGCCAACAGAAGUUUGCCUCUAAUGUUAUAGAGAAGUGUCUAACUUUUGGAACACCUACAGAGCGUCAAGUCCUUGUGAAUGAGAUGCUUGGUUCCACUGAUGAAAAUGAGCCCCUACAGGUUAUGAUGAAGGAUCAAUUUGCAAACUAUGUUGUACAGAAAGUGCUGGAAACCUGUGAUGACCAACAACUUGAGCUAAUCCUUAAUCGAAUAAAGGUUCACCUGAAUGCCUUGAAGAAGUAUACCUAUGGGAAGCACAUUGUUGCCCGUGUAGAGAAAUUGGUUGCUGCUGGGGAGAGGAGGAUUAGUGUUCUUACUCUGAAUCCUGCACAGAUGGUAUAGAAAAUGUACAGCUAACUGAGGAUAAUACAAGCACCUGCUCUUUUUUCUUUUAAUAUCUGGUAAUGCUAAUGGCCCUGUCUGUAUUCAGGUAGACAGAAGCUGAUUGGAAGUAAUAAAUUGUUAGUUGUACUUGAAAUUGUACAUUUGUUAGUGUGAGGAUAUACCUAGAAUCAGUUUAGCUCAGGCAUAGGCUCAGGCUUGGUUGGUAAAUGAUGCCUGAUGCUCAUGCGGCAGAGAUAUAUUUAUGAGCCAUCUAGUUUUAAUGUUGUAAAGGGAGUUCUUGACUGUACAAAUUUUACUAGGUUAUCAGAGUCCUUGUACUCCGGAUCCACAUAUGUUUUUGAUGUAUGAGGCUUUACUUUCUGCUCUAUCUUAAGCUUUCUUUUUUCAUC